UGUCUCUCUGUCUCUGUCUGUAUUCCUGCAGUAGGGAAAUCAGAGCCGCAGAAGAAACCCAAGCAGAAAAACGGUGACUUUCGGAUGCACACUUUGCCCCGAGCGCCUAACAAAGUUGUGGAAAACUGUGAUUUAAAAGCAAACGUUUUCCAAGGAAGAAACCAGCCGGACGGCUCCAGCUGGCUGCCAACUGGAAUGUGCUUUUGCUGUUCAACGCUGUGCACUUUCUUCAGCGUUUAACUGCCCAGUUAAAUGGAGUAAUUGGUCUGACCCACCGGGAGACGGGGGAAAAGUGGGAGUGAUGGAGGUGGAGAGAAGGAGGCAACAGAAGCAGAGAAGCUGAGAAAGUAAACUUUGACAAUUGGGGUCAAAGACGAAGAGGAGAUAAGAAGACAGGGAGGAUAGACAUGUGAUUGGGAAAAAGGCAAACGCUGUGGAGCAUAAAUAAAUGAAGGAGUGGCUCUUGGUGACGACGGAGACAGAGCUCAGCCUCCUCAAUCCUGGAGGAGAUACACAACAGGCAUGAUGUGGACAACAACUCUCCUUCUGCUGCUUCUGCCACAGCUGCUCUCUUCGACCCCAAAACACCUGGCCGAGGGACACCUUGUGGACACAGAGAAGAGCACACAUUAUAAACAGUCAGAAGAGGUAAGUGAGGACUUCCCUGAGGCUCCUGUCAAAGAGCCAACAGCAGCUGGAGGGGUCAGAGGUCGGGACACAUGUUCCAUUCCAUGUGACAUCACUGUCAAACUGCUACGAGAUGAAAAACAUUCAGUCUGCGGUCAGCUCCAGCAGUCUCUGCUGGCGUUUGGCCGCAGCACCAGGAAACUGAUCAGAGACGUGAUGGAGGAGCAGCAGAGAGCUCUGGACAUCCUCGGCAGUCAGGUCACAGAGUUAAUGACCAAGGUGCAAACACUCAGCUCAGAGGUCCAGAGGAGCAACACUGAGAUGUACUCAGUGAAACCAGUACAGUCUCACGGUAGGGACUGUAGUGACAUCAAGGACACUCUCAUGUCAGUUGUCCCCAAGAUUCCCAGUGGUAUUUAUAUCGUCCACCCAGAGAACAUGGACACUUCCUUUGAGGUCUUCUGUGAGAUGGACUACAUGGGAGGGGGGUGGACAGUGAUGCAGAGGAGAAAUGAUGGACUCACUGACUUCAAAAGAUCUUGGUCUGACUACGUUGAUGGAUUUGGAAACCUUGCAGGUGAACACUGGUUGGGCCUGAAAAAGGUAUUUCACAUAGUAAACCAAAAGGACACUCGGUUCCAGCUUCACAUAGCCUUGACCUCCCACAAUGACAUCACUGCUUAUGCCUCGUACGAUGACUUCCACCUGGACAGUGAAACAGACUUCUUCUCUAUCCACCUGGGUCGAUAUGCAGGGAGUGCAGGAGAUGCGUUUCGUGGCUACGAGCAGGAGCAGAAUCAGGACACUGCUCCAUUCAGUGCUUCAGAUGUGGACAACGACGGCUGCAACCCUUUCUGCACAAUUGAAAAUCGCACGGUGGAGAGCUGCAGCUCUCAGUACAAUCACACUGGAUGGUGGUUCAACCAGUGUGGUCUAGCAAACCUCAAUGGUUCUCCCGACAACGUAGAACAAAGUCAUGGGCACUGGACCAACAUCCUGUGGGACACCUGGAGACAGAACGGUGUCCCUCACACUAUCAAAUCUGUCACCAUGAAGAUCAGAAGGAUUGUAACCAACAACUGACAGUUGUCAUUAGGAAGAGACAAGAUCGGAGUCAGUCCUAUGAAAGUUGCACUGCAUCUUUGAUUACCACAAACGUUUUAAUAAAACGUGAUAAAAUAUUUCA